AUGAAAAUUGCUAUUUCUUUGAUUGCUUCGGUUUUUGGAGUGCCAAGCGAACAGAUAAACCAGCGACGACCGUCAACAAAAGAAGACACACGUGACUUGUGGUUUGCAGGCUCUCCAUCAUCCGAGUCGAAAUGGAGCAACUUGCGAAGAGUUGUCAAUCACUUCAAUCCACAAAUCGACCAUCAGCGGCAAAUCGAGUCGUAUGGCUGCAGCUGCUUGAACAUUUUUUCAUAUGAAGGGGUUUCUGGUGGAGCAGCCGUGGAUGCAAUCGACCGAAGCUGCAAACAUUUGAAAGAGUGCUACAAAUGCGCCAAACAGUGGCAUGGAGACGACUGCGACCCGGCGAAUAAAAAGUAUGAGAUGUUUUCUCGACCAGGUUUGUCGAUUUUGGCUGUGAACAAUGAAGUUGGAGGCGAUGGGGAAGCUGCUGGUUGUGAAAGAGCACUUUUCGAAUGCGAUCAACAGUACGCAAAAGAAUUGAUCAACUCGCUGCCAUCCUGGGACGCGGACAAAACAAUCUUCUCCGGCCUCUGGGAUCCCCAAGGAAAUCCAGAGCAAUGCUCAGGUCAAAGUUUUAGCACAGAAAUGCCGGACAGGAUGAUGCUUGGAUUCGAUGACAACUCACAAGCGGACUCUUCUUUUUCUUCGGGACAGCCGGUGGCGAUGGAGGCGGAUCCGACUGGAGUGAUGACCAGGCCGCUGAUGGUCGGGCUUUGGGGAAAUACGAGGGAGUUGAUGGAUAACAAACAGUGCUGCCAAAGCGACGAAGGAUUAUUAACCCCGUUUAAUUCCCAAAAGAAACAGUGCUGCUAUGGCAAACCAAUGCCUCUGCGCAGCUGUUAA